AAGCCGUAGCCAAUCGCCACAGAAAGCCUCUGUGGCCUGUAGAACGCCUCGGGGGAAGGCUGCUUCUUCCGGCUGGGCCGAGGGGAGGCUGCGAACGUUGAAGGACACCGGCUGCGGAAUUUGUGGCUUUCGUGAGAUUGGAAUCAUGGCAGGUCCAGAAACUGAUGCCCAAUUCCAGUUCACUGGUAUUAAAAAAUAUUUCAACUCUUACACUCUCACAGGUAGAAUGAAUUGUGUACUGGCCACAUAUGGAGGCAUUGCUUUGAUGAUCUUAUACUUCAAGUUAAGGCCUAAAAAAACUCCAGCUGUGAAAGCAACAUAAAUGGAUUCUCAACUGUCUGUUAAGUUCCCAUGCCUGGAGAAGCUAAUGUCACCUCAUCAUGUGAUACUCAAUUUGUACAAUAAAUUAUGAACCUGGAAAA